AUGGACAGAGUACAGAGCUGGACGCAAGGCCCCUCCCCACCAAAACUGAAGAAAGGUCUGGACAAGAAGUUAUCGUUGAAGUUAAAUGGUGGCCGACACGUACAAGGAAGACUAUGGGGCUCUGAUCCCUUUAUGAAUCUUGUGAUUGAUGAGUGUGUGGAGAUGGCAACCAGUGGGCGACAGAAUGACAUCGGAACCGCGGUCAUAAGAGGAAAGAGCAUCAUCAGGUUAGAAGGCUUGGAAAGAGUCUACACAACGGCUGGUCAGCAGAGGAGUCCACAUCCCUCCCCAAAGGGCCUGUUGACUGUGGUGUAGAAUUGGGUUGUGUACAUUGUCAUGACACUUUUUUGCUACAUAAACUUUUGUGAUUAAAAACAAA